AUGGCAAAUUUCGACUGGCAUGCCGAGAGAACAGAUCUCUCAGGCCUCAUGCUCCUAGACCGCGCUCCUGAAAGUGAAGGCAUCGACUUGAAAGCUGUGCGUCUGUACCGCCAGGCUCGAGUCCGUAGCCAGAUGGCAAAGUAUGGCAUCGACGCUGUCAUUCUUUCCGAUCCCAUUAACAUCCGCUACGCAACUGGUUCACGAAACAUGCAAAUUUUCAGUAUGCGCAACGCGCCCUCGCGAUAUCUGCUGCUCACUCAGAAACGGUCAAUCCUCUUCGAAUUCACGGGGUGCCUGCACCUAGCCCAAGGUUACGAGACUAUCGAUGAAGUACGGCCAGCCAAAACAGCCAGCUUCGUGGCUGCUGGCCCGCACAUUGAGAGCACUGAAAAGAUUUGGGCUCUGGAGAUCGCCGAUUUGGUACGGCAACUUGUCGACAAGGAAGAUGCAACGGUUGGCUUGGAGCGGCUAAACGCUGGUUCCUCCAUCGCACUCAAGGAACUUGGCCUUAACAUUGUCGAUGCCCAACGACCGGUGGAAAUGGCCCGAUGUAUUAAGUCGCCGGAAGAGGUCAAAUGUGUUGUUGCUUCGUUACGGGCAACCGAGGUCGCAGUUGGCAAGCUGCGAGAUGCCGUACGGCCUGGGCUCACCGAGAAUGAGCUUUGGUCAGUUUUACAUAAAUCGGUCAUCGAUCAGAACGGCGAUUAUUGCGAGACCCGCCUGCUCAGUGCCGGCCCACGCACGAAUCCUUGGUUCCAGGAAACGGCUAGCUAUGUUAUCAAGGAAAACGAGCUCGUCGCAUUGGAUACAGAUGUGGUUGGCUGCCAUGGAUAUUACUCCGACUUCUCACGAACAUUCCACUCUGGGCCUGCUUCUCCGACUCCGGAGCAGAGGGAACUCUACAGGAUUGCGUAUGAGCAGGUGAACCACAACAUGGGCAUUCUAAAGCCCGGAAUGACCUUCCGUGAAUAUUCUCAACAGGCCUGGGACAUCCCAGAGAAAUAUUACGCCAAUCGGUAUUAUCUCUCUGCACACGGCUGCGGCAUGACAGGAGAGUACCCCUAUCUUUAUCACCAUGGAGAUUUUCCCGACGCUGGGUAUGAUGGGGUCAUUGAACCAGGAAUGGUCAUCUGCGUCGAGAGCUAUAUUGGCGAAGAAGGGGGCUCACAAGGUGUAAAGCUCGAACAACAAGUAUUGAUCACGGAAUCAGGCAUUGAACUCUUAUCUCAAUUUCCUUUCGAGGAAAGCUUGCUAGCAUAG